AUGCAAGGAGCGCGUUUAAGAACAGCAGAAAGAACAUUAAUAAUAAUAAUAAUAAUAAUAAUAACGUUUCCGGGAGGAUUGUUUUUACCAACACCGCCACAGACCGGGGCGGAACCGGACAACGGACUCGCUGUUUUCACCCGGACCGCUUUUACACGAACUCCGAAGUGCUACGCGGGAAUCCGCGGGUGUCCUGUAGUAAUGGCGGACGUACUGACGCUCGUUUUCAGGACCUUCUCGUCCAAAACGUCCCAGAAGAAGGUGGGUGCGGGUCUUCCCGCCCCGGGCCCCCGCAGCUGCUUGGUGGUGGGUCAGCACCGCAUCAGCCGCCCGCUGCUGCUGCUCGCGGCCGUGACCGCCGCCUCAGAGACGGGCAUCAGGGUCUCGUUCUUCACCCCGACACAGAUCCAGAGCCUCCCGGUGUUCCUGCAGAAGUCCGGUCCCAGUCUGAGCCCAGAGAGCCUGAAGAGAAUCACGUUCUCCUACCCCCGGACCCUGGAGGAGCUGCUCCAGCAGGUUGCUGGUCUUCAUGAGUCCCCCACCCCCCCUGCUCUGAUCAUCGUGGACAGACUGGAGGACUUCCUGUCGGGUUCUGCUGGCAGCGGCCAUGUUGGGCUCCACUCUGCAGAGCGGUUGUCCGCCGCACAUUUGUCCGCGCUGCUCUGUGACACCUCUGCUUUCCUUACUCACGUCCUGCAGCAGCAGGGGUCCUCCUCCUCCCCCUGCUGCCUCAUCGCCUCCUUCCUGUCGAAGGAAGACUCUCAGCUGGACAGCAGGGACUCGUCCACCUCAGAUCCCAUCCUUGAUGUUGUUGACCGUUAUUUCCAGGUGCGCUGUACUCUGGAUCAGGACAGAAGCUACGAGGCUGCAGCAGCGUCAGCGCAGGAGGCGUGGCACCUUUACCUCUCUGGGGGGCGGGACCCAGCCUGUGAUGGCAGGCCAUCUGGAGGCCAGGAGUGGAAGCUGUUGGUCUAUGCUGACGGUUUAAUGGAGUUCACAUUAGUUGGACCUUGAGGCCUCUCUGGUCCUGGAGCAGGAAGCCUUCACACCAAUGCAGACUCCUUUCUCAGAGUCUGGAAUGUCUUUGUGUUCUCUUUGUUUGCCUUUGUCCCUGGAACUUUUGUAGGCAGCAGCUGGACCAGGUGAGGAAGCCCCGCCCCCUUUGUAACUCGGGUAGAAGAUCCUUCAGAGUUUAAACACGUCACACCUGGUGGAACUUCGUGUUUUUAGGCCUCCUCUCAAAUCGAACUCAUAAGCCGUGCUGGGAUGAGACACAGGUGUGUGGUUUCCACGGUAACCAUAAAGAGCAUCUUUUACCUGCUCACCUGUGUGAGGAACAUAACCCGGCUCUGGGUUGGUUCUGCCCACGAUAAACAGGUUAAGUGUAAACGGACUAAUAAAUGAUUGUUUUGGGUCCUCGAGGUUCGCCAUUCAGCAUGUUUUAGUUGUUUCUCUGCUUCACCGCACCUUGAGCUGCUGAACAGGGUAAUCAGGUCUGUUGGAGCAGGAAAACACCUAAAACACGUGGAACAGAGGCUUUAACCUCUGACCCAUACGUCAAAACCAACGUUUCUGAAUCAGUCCUGUAUUUUUACCCGACCGCGUCAGUGGUUCGGGUCGUCUGUGAAGGAAAAAUCUCAUCAAUAUUUUUACCAAUUUCACUUUAUUUAUUCGUGAAGUACCUGCUAGCGCCUUAGCGGAGGCCCAAGGUGCCGCACAGGACGUCAACACCAGAGCAGUAAUAAACACACCGAUGAUACGAAUAUAAAAGCCGGCGCUGGGGAGAACCAGCCCACAACAGUGGGUUUAAGGUCCUGAAGAGAAGGAUCGCUUUGUAUGAAAUAAACAUAAAUCAAUUAUUUAAACAUCUGAAAUAGUUUUAGUUCGGAGCAAACAUCAGUUCUUUCACAUCAGUGCUCUGAUUUCAGAAAUGAAAAACAAGGAAGUGUCUGAAGCCUGUUCCACACCAAAUGUGCUGCGUUCUGCUUUCCAUACAACUUCCACACAAUCGAGUCUAACCAGAUGGAACUCCGGAAGUUUCCACGCGGAGUCGGCCUUUCCCUGAAGAAAUGACCCGGCAUGUUUCAGCAAGCUGCAUCCGGUACAUUUCAAAAUAAAAGCCAUGUUACUUUUUCUGGCUUUAAUUUGACUAUUAAUGACGUUAUCAGUUGACGUUGUUUUUACAGGUAGAUUUGUUGUUUGGUUAGGGUUAGUCUGUCGGCGUGAAGCAGGAUAAAGCAUGUCCAUAAAAUCUAAAAGGCUCAGUUAAAGAAACAAAACAGAUUUAUUGUACUUCAGCAAAGAGGUGAGACGUAAAAGUGAGAACAGUAGUAACAGUUUAAAAUACCACAGGAAAUAAUGCAAACACGUGUUUGUGGGGUCUUCGUGAAGGUUUGAGUUGUCAGAUAUGUACACUUUUAUUUCCAACACCUGCAUGGUACAACGCUAACGCGACAUUAGAGAGGAUCCCUUUGACCUUCACAAUGAUGUCAGGACGGCUUUUUAACGUCGGAGGGAAAUUCAGACAAACGCCACCGCUACAGCUCCUCUGACUGUGGUCGCCACUCAGCGGGCUAACGCUAACCCUACAGUAAUCAGAAUCUAAGGCCGACUUGACUUAAUGACAAAAACGUAAAGGAGGCAUGAAGAGUUUCAGAGUGAAAGCAGAAGAUGCUUCGUAUUAGAAAGUACUAAGGAGACAGGAAAUCAUGACGCCAUCAGAAGACGAGAGAAGCUGCUGGUUUGUAUUUAGAUUAGCUCGUGGUCGUUUUAAGCUAGUCCUUGUCCUCCGAUUAGGCGGGCAGUUGGCGCCGCUCUGGUUCAAACCUCUUAAUUACAACGAGUUUGAUGCCCAGCAUCUUCCCAGCUUCAGCUAUGAAUACAUGAAUUUAUCAGAACACCUUAGAAGUGAACACUUUCCGUUUGAUUCAUCUCGUUAAUUACCAAAUGUUAGCUUCCUGACAGCAGGAAGUGACUGGAUGAUGCUACUAGCGUGGUUGUUAGCAUGUUGACUAGCUGCUGCCAGCAUGGUCAUGCUCCUACGUCCAAAAAUGGACAUCGGAGAACAUUCAAAGCUUUGGACACGCGUGGUUUGUCAGUGACAACUAAUCAUCAGAGAAAUGUUCCCAACAGUCUCGCGCUGGAACUGCUCUGCUGUGUAUGAUAGCACAUCUGUCUGUGCGCUGAAGCAACGGUGGAUCACAAACGCCGCUGUCUCACUACUCCAGUAUAAAAUACCAUCUGAAACACGAGGAAGCGCGCAGAAUGUCAGGAUUUCUGCGCUGGUGUGCUGAACAGUGUAGUGGUGAGCAGGUGGACCACAGUGGACCCUCAGACACAUCAAGCAGACUCGUCUCAGUCCUUUAGCUACACGCUGGUGUCCGUCGGCUCCUGGGAUCCUCCCUUAGCAGUUGAUGGUGCCUUGGGUGAGUAUCCAGUAGUCACCAAGCCCCCGAAAGCCGCCUCCGGCUUUGUGCUGGUCCAAUUGGGCUUCUCCUCAGCCAUCGUCAUGGACGUGGUACUGCCUUGUUAGGAAGGGUCUUCUGUGGGGUGGAAUUUCAUUUUUGUACUCGUUGGCAUAGAGAGCCACUUUCCCCAAGUCAUCAACUCUGCUCAUGGGGCUGUAAUCCAUGGAGACCCCUGAGUCUGCCACUGCCAUGUAGGUGUAGCCGGGGCCUUUGGGUGUCCAGCCUUGGCUUGGGUACUCAAAGCUGGACUGGGAUGAGAGGCGACCGGACCCUGAGCUUUGCUGCCCGGACCCUAGGUCAGAGUGGAACUCGCUCAGCGGUGUCUUUCUAGAGGCAACAUGCAUCUCAAGGGGUAAGGCUUCCUCCAGAGUGUCAUCUACGUGGUCUUCUUCGCUGUGAUUGUUGGUGCUGAGGGUGACAUAAGUGUCCUGAGAUUCCAGCAGAGAAGACCCCAUCCCGGGACGAGUCUCUCGUAAGCGUUCCAUCAGCCAGUGCUGCUGCUGUGUGGCUCUCCACUCGUCUGUCUGAGCUGAAUCACUCCCGUUAGACAACUCCCGCUCAUCACGCUGAGUGGAAGCGUUACAGGCCUUAGGCGGGAGAGGUGGAGAGGCCAGAGAGCGGCACAGGUUAAGUUCAGAGAGGACUUCUACAGGAGAGGGGCGUUCUUCAGAGUACAGGAGAGCCGAAGUCACCCACAAGCCUCCACUGGUCUGUCUUAACCACUCCUAAAGACAAACCCAUAAUGGUGACACAUUAGCGGUAGCUAGCCUAGAGCAGUCUCCGUGCUAGCGCACUCGUACUAAAGAAAGAAAACCAUCUUUUAUUCAGCGCUUCUCCAGACAAAAAUCACGAGGAGCUUCACAAACAAAAACACGAUUAAGUACAAAAAAGAGCAAAAAUAUGUUUAAAAUGAGAGAAAAAAGUUACAGUUGUGUAAGGAAAGGUCUUACCUGGAGGUCUCCACCGUAAACAGUGAAAAGACCCUGGAAUUUGCUGUCAGGAACUGGAAUAGUGGGCCAGACCUUCUUUAUGAAGAACCUAGGAACAAGAAACAAACCAACUGUUGUAAAAGAGCGAUAAGCAUGCCUUCACCGUUCCCGGAGCACUGACCUGUGAUGGGACAAAAGCACGAUGAGACAAAGCAGAAAGAGGAUGAAAGUGAUGAUGAAAGUCAGGGACACAAUGAGUGGGUCAAGAUCUGCAGGAGACACCAGAGGACGGUUGGACAAGAGUGAGCGUGGUGGUCCUACAUGCAGCAUGCCACCCCUGCUGCAGGAGGGAGACGCGGUUUUUCAUGGUAAGCUUCUACCUGCAGGCAAAGUUUCCAUCCACACCGGAUCGCUCCAGGCACUCCAGUAGCCGCUGUAGGUGAUGCCGUCCAACCUUACACGGACUUCAACCCUGUACCUGGUAGCAGCCUGAAGACCUCGGAGAAUCAGCUCAGAGCAAGCUCGGGCCACCUCCACCUGUGGAGAACAGAUUCUUAAUAAUAACCCGUAACCCAAAAAGGUGCCAACAGCCCUUCGUUGUGUUGAGGCCACCACCUCACCUGCCCAGCAGGGUCGCCCUCCUUAGCGUACAUAACCUCGUAGAUCAUGCUGUCAUCCAUGUACUUGAGAGGAGGCGGCACCCCAGCUAACGUUCAGCUGCCCCUGAUGACCCGUGCUGCUGACGGUCACGUUUUCAGGAGGGUCCAAAAGAA